AUGGGGACGAGAGGGGAUGAAAUAACAAAGAAACAAAUGCUGGAGCAGUUGCGUAUCAGGGCUUCACGCCUGCCACUUCAGCAGCUCGCCGUCCGGAGUCACCGCCCACGCCAUGAAGCACCUGUUGCUGACGCCACGCAGGAUCUCCGUCUACCAGAGCCAGGUGCCACGCCACGCCUCACGUCGUCCCACCGGCAGCUGUCGUCGACACAGCGAUCACCUCCGAUAUAUGCCGACGCCCGACGUCCCGGAAAAGUCAAAGUGCGCUGCCGAGGAUUCACUGGACAUGGCUCCAUCCUCGUGCCUGGAACUCCUGGAGAAAAACUGCGGAUCGUUCUGGAUCGCUUCAUGGACUUCCGCCAGGAAGAGCUGGACAAACUACAGCAAGAUCCCAACCUAUGGAUGGCCGACGUCACCAGCACGAAUCUCACCACAGUCGAGGGAGGGUCUGCACUGAACGUAAUCCCACCCGAGAUGUCUGCAGUGUUCGACUUGCGCCUCAAUCCACUGAUGGACUUCGAUAAGCUGGAGGAGAAGAUCAGGCAGUGGUGCUCAGAUGCUGGAGAAGGAGUUGAGCUCGAGUUCUUGGCAAAGCAAGAGAAGGUACCAACCACUCUUAUCGGCGCAGACAACAAGUGGUGGACAGCCUUCCAGGAAGCCACCGAAAAACUGGAAAUGAAGAUAAAGCCAUUGAUUCUUCCAGCAACCUCUGACGCGCGCUUCAUAAGGAGGGCUGGAAUUCCUGCGCUGGGAUUCAUGCCGAUAAACAACACUCCAAUACUUCCGCACGGAAUAGACGAGUACAUUACAGCGGCCUCCCUGCUGCGUGGCAUCGACAUCUUCCAGGGUGUGCUCCAGGAGGUAGCCAACGUCCUGUAG